UGGUUAUGUGCAAACUACACUCCGUUCUGUGGUAAAAUUGGCGGGAAAUAUGGAAUUAGUCGAGGAUUCCCGAUUGACCCGUCUAGUCUUAAAGCGCGCAGCAAUGGAGGCUGCACUUGAAAAAGUUGGCCUCGGGUAUUUGUGGCACAAUUUCAGCGCCAAUAAAAUAUCAUUAGAAGAAGCCAAAAAGUUGACUGAUGAAGAACUGUCCGCCUUAGGCGUCAAUACAAUAGGAGAUCGAGUUCGAUUAAAGGAAAAAUUAAAGGAAAGUGGCGAAGGUGGACGUAGGCAGCCAGUUACUCUUGGAAAGGUGCUGAAAUUUGUUAUUGGAACAGAAGAAGAGCCUGUGUUGGGAUUUUCGUUGAAGCCAUCCAUCCACUUCUCAGAAAACCAAUCAUUUUUGCCAUCCGCCAAUACAUGUAUCAACCGCUUAAAUUUGACCAUUCCCUCCGAGAUUGCGGCUAUUCCAAAUGACACCGAGCUGUUGAACCUGUAUGAUUAUGCCUUCUCAAAUGACUAUUUUGGACUGCAAUAAAUUUGAUCAAAUGUGUGAGAUAGGGGAUAAGAACUACUUGAGAUAAUACAGCCACGGUGUAAAUCCAGACAACCAUAGUGUAUUCAGUAUAAGUUUUCACAUUUAAUUAUUUUAUGCAUGAAUGACUAUGCACUUCAACAAAUUGGCAUUUUUACACUCAUUUUGUAUUUGCAGUGUAAGAUACUCUUCAGAAGAAUAACGAGAUAUGGUUCUCUGUUUCCAUGUUUUGUUUGUUCUCUUGUCAAUUAUUCAAGUUCCUAUUUGAUUAAUCUGCAUAUGUCUAAUUGCAUAUUUGUUCAAUAGUAAUUCAGUGCAAUACGACGGUAAGUACUUAUUAAUUUAAAAGCACUUACCAUAGUAUUACACUGACCUGACUGUUGAGAGAUUUGCGUGUGUAGUGUUUUAGAUUGAGUUAAAAGUUGCAUGCUUAUCAAAAUGCUUUCUUUUUGUUUUUCUUUCUGUAAAAUAAUUUUAAAAAACGUUUAGGCAGGUGUGCUCAAUAAACUUAAGUCACUCGUACCUGUUACGAAUUUGCAA